GUGGCAGGAGGGGCGAUGCCAAGGUCCCCGGGCGCUAUAAGAGGAGCGCGCAGCCCUGUCACUGCAUCUUGGGACCACGCAACCAUGCUGGGAGCUCUGUGUCUCGCUGUGCUGCUGGGCUACGCCUACGGAUGUGGCCAACCGGCCGUGCCACCGCUGGUAGGCACCACCCGAGUGGUCGGUGGUGAAGACGUCCGGGCCCACAGCUGGCCAUGGCAGAUCUCGCUCCAGUACGACCGCAACGGGGAAUGGCGCCACACGUGUGGUGGGACCCUCAUUUCCUCCAACUGGGUGCUGACAGCUGCCCACUGCAUUAGCUCUGGCAUGACAUACCGUGUGGUGCUGGGCAAGCAGGACCUGUCGGUGGCAGAUGAGCCGGGCUCGCUGGCCGUGGGCGUAGAGAAGAUCAUCGUGCAUGAGAAAUGGAAUUCCUUCUUUAUCAUCAAUGAUAUUGCCCUUAUCAAGCUGGAGGAGGAGGUGCAGACCAGCGAGACCAUCCAGCCCGCCUGCCUGCCACCCGCUGGCUUGAUACUGGAGAACGACUACCCCUGCUACGUCACCGGCUGGGGACGCAUCAGGACGAACGGGCCGCUGGCUGAUGUCCUGCAGCAGGCAAUGCUGCCCGUGGUGGACUACGAGACCUGCUCCCAGAACAACUGGUGGGGUAGCACCGUACGCACCACCAUGGUGUGCGCUGGUGGUGAUGGCGUUGUCUCUGGCUGCAACGGAGAUUCGGGCGGUCCCCUGAACUGCCAGCGUGGAGGAGUCUGGGAGGUGGACGGCAUCGUCAGCUUCGGCUCUGGGCUGAGCUGCAACAUGAUCAGGAAGCCAACUGUCUUCACACGGGUGUCCGCCUACAUCGACUGGAUCAACGAGAAAAUGAGCGAGAACUGAGGACGCAACGUGCGGUGCAACAAGUCUUCAGUGUGAUAGAAAUAAAAGUACUGAGCUGG